AUGGUGUUAAAAUGGAGUUGGCGUGGACAAAUUAUAUGGUGCGUGGUGAUGGGAAUAGUAUUGGAAGUGACGGCUCUCAGUGGACCUAAUGUGUGCAUGGUGGAACAGAAAUAUAAUAUAACCAAACGCGUCAAAUACCGCGCUCCAAUGUCUGUUCGGACUUAUGAGUGGUGUUUUGCGAUGCCGCCGAGAUGUUCCAAGUGGAGUACCGAGAUGAGGGAGCUCACCAGACUCGAGACCGGUGAACGUAUAGCAGAAGUGGCGGUGUGCUGUCCCGGUUAUAAAAUGAGGGAUGUUACUUGUGUACCUAUAUGUCCCAGCGGGAAAAUGGGCAACAAUUGCUCAGAGGAUUGUCCAGCAGACAAAUGGGGUCCAAACUGUGCCAAGGAUUGCGGCGAGUGCAACAACGGAUACUGCGACUCAAUCACAGGAGAGUGUGAAUGUGAUGAGGGAUGGCAAGGUGAGAGUUGUCAAGUCCGCAUGCCAACAACAUCUCCGCCCGCCUUGAUGGAAAAAUUACUAACAACCACUAAAUCUACUGUUCAAACUCUUGCGACCUCUGUGCCAACUACUCUGACCACUAUAAGUACAUCUAUAAUGCAAAUAUUAUCAACUUCAAAGCCGUCAUUAACUUCGUCGAUAGUCGUAACAACGUCAACUGAAAAGACUGAAAACACUCCCAAGACGUCCACACCACAAACCACAAUCACUUCAGUUGUUAGUCAAACUAUUUCAUACGAAAAUGUUACACCUUCAACGACAUUGUGGGUUGAUAAUAAGGAAAAAUUUCCUAAAACAACAGUUACCAAUUUUAUCUACAAUAGAACAGAAACUUCAGAGGCAGGUACGUCCUCUACUUUUCCACCCGAGCAUGAAACAUCGACUUCUGAACCAAGAAUAUUAAAAAGUACUACAAUUUCCAUGUCUUCUUUGAAUUCAACUUAUGCUCCAACAACUACUGCUACUUUAUUAACAGUCCCAAUAACUAGCACAUUAUCGACGACAACAGCCUUAAAAGCAUCUAGUACAUUUCGUACCACUACUAUCAAUGUCACUGAACCCAGUACAACUGAACAUCUCACAACUGUAACUUCAACAAUCACUCCUGUUACACUUCCUGUGAGUUCUACUGUUAAACAACAUUCAACAACAACAGAACCAAAGAUAAAUACAGUACUGACUGUUGAAAAAGAAAUCAGACCGGAACCUACUCCUAAAAUUGAAACUACAACGAAGAACCAACCUACAUCAGCUAAAUUUAAGCCAAAAGAAAUUUGGAUUAAACCAUCACAAAAAGGUGAAUCUAUUUUUCUCGACACAAAAUUCAAAACAAGUCACGAAAUGAAACAUAAAAUAACUGCAAAUAAGUCUGAAGUUUUGUCAGAAAAUACGACACCAAAGACAAUCAUCGUUUCGAUAAUACCAACAUCAAUAUCCCACGCAACUUUUAAAAAGAUAGCACUAACUACUGCAACAUACUUAAUACAAAAGACAAAUAUCACAACGAAGCCCUUCAGUAAGACAGAACAAGGCUAUACAAAGUCCAUGGCUCAUAAGCCCUCAACUGCUAUCCCGUUUACAAUCAAAAUUUUAUCUCCUUUUAUUGAAAAAAAUGAGACCUCGCCUAAAACAACACAUCAUCUGCCACGGAAUAACACAGAGCAUAUUACAUUUAAACCAAUAUCAAAAAAAUAUGUAAUAAAUACAACUCAAUCGGAGACAUCUACUUCUGUUACGAAAGCAAAGUUGAAUACAGUUUUAGCCACAAGUAGAACAACUAACAGCAUGUUAUUCGUAGAAAGCAAGAAUUUGACUUCUCCUACUACUUCUGCAAAAAAAUCUUUGACUAACCAACAAACUCUACAUCGAAAUUUUUCAUACGUAAUAACUACUCCGCCAUUAGUAUUUAAAAGGCUUAAAGCUGCAUCAGCAAAGAUUGAGGAGGUGAGCAAAACUACCAAGGCGGAUCUUAAUACUAACAUAUCAGAUAAAGGUAUACCAAAAAUUAAAACUACUGAAAAACCUGUGAAAAUGCCUGCCGUAACAGAAAGGACUAAUAGCACUAAAAGGAAUGCAUCAAAAAUAUUAAACUUUAAUAGAAUAACAACACAGGAGACCACUGAAGAUGAAACUUUUCAUAUUUUAACAGAACCUGAGCAUAUCACUGCCGUGAUGAGUGAUAGGGAAAGAGAUCAUACCUCGCUAGAUCUAAUAUCUGUGAUAAGUAUCGCAGGAGGAGUCAUGAUGGCCGUUAUAACAGUAGCAGUCGUCAUCGUCAUGAUGGAGAGGUGUAAGAGACACAGAUACGAUGACGUGAGGAAAAUCAAUGACAUACGAAUGCAAGUCAUCAUGGACAAUAAUGAUGAACCGCCUCCCUAUGUUAGAAGUAUAUUCCAUACACCGCUACCAGAUACUCCUACUACGGAUAGAAAUCAUUAUCAACCAAUAUCGACCUUGGAUAGAAAUCUGAAGCAAUUUAUGCGACCUGUUGUUGUACAAGCAAUUUCGCCUAUAAUGUUGGAGAAUUUCAGAGGAAUUUUAGAGUGUCAUUACGACCACUUACCUCACACUAAUCAAGAUUUUGGAACCAUACCAGUCCGAUGCUCUGUCGCGUCAUCUAUGAAGUAUGAUGAGAAACUUCUUAGACAGCGACCUCUUUCGGUGGCAGAUUACACUAUAGAGUCAUUAAAGUGUGAGGCGAAACUGGACGUUAUUGACUGUACGACAUCUGAACCAUUAUAUGCAGAAAUUCCUUGCUGGAGACCUCCAUCUGAACAUGCUAUAGAAGUUGUUAACUUGAACGGGGAGGCCGUCACAGAAUUAUGA